AUGAAUUAUCCUUAUCAGCCAUAUAGGCCAUAUUCAAGAGUACCAAAUACUUCAGUACAUAACCCUAAUAUUAUCUCUUAUGUUGAUUCAGUACUCUCAAAAUCUAGAAAUAAUUACACUUCUGUUCAAUUAGACUCAUAACCAAAGUAUUAAACAUACUAGACUAAUACAAUUAAAACCGAUACAGAUUUAAAAAUCGCAACCAAUUCUCCCCUAAUUUUAACACAAAAAUCAAUGGUUAUUUAACCUACUUUAAAAUCUAAAUAAGAAUACCAAUCUCCAAAAUAAAUGGAAUCACCAUCCUUUUAAUCAGAGAUCAUUUCUACAAUUCCACUUAUUCCUUUGAUGUCUAAUGUUAGAGAAGAAUAUUCUAAAGUAUAUAAUUUAUUCAUCAAUAAGAAAUAAGUUUCAACACCUGUUAGUUAAACAAGUUCUCCAAUAAAAAAACCAGAAAAACCAAAAGAGAAAUAUAAGAAUUUCUCCAUCAUCAAAAAACUUGGAGAUGGACAAUAUAGCGAAGUGUUUCUAGCAAAGCACACACAAACAGGCUUUUUGGUUGCCUUGAAAGUCAUUCAAAAAUCUUAAAUAAUUAAAGAGAAUAUGCAAGCCUAAUUAGCCUGGGAAAUCAAAAUAUAAUACCUUCUCGAACAUCCAAAUAUUACUAAAUUAUACACCUUUUUUUAAACUCGUAUAUUAUUUUAAAUAUUAUAGCAACUGAAAUUGUGCUUGUAUUAGAAUAUUGCUCACACGGAUAAUUAAAUGCUCUUUAAUAAAUUCAACCUAUGAAAAAGUUUUAAGAGAGAAUAGCAGCUUAAUAUGUAUAACAAAUUACUUUGGCAUUAAUGUAUAUUCAUAAUUAAGAUGUUAUUCAUCGGGAUAUCAAACCUGAUAAUAUCCUUCUAAGUUUUGGGCAGGUUAAAUUAGCUGAUUUCUCUUUUUGCGUUUAUUCUCCAGAUGAAGACAGAUAAACUUAGUGUGGAACCAUUAUUUAUGCUUCUCCUUAAAUUUUAGAGGGCGAAACCUAUGAUAAGAAAAGCGACAUCUGGGGAUUAGGAGUAUUGACCUAUGAAUUAUGUUUUGGGAAACCACCUUGGAAAGAGAACUAAUAAGAAUUAAUGAAAACUGUAAUUCUUUUCGCUAUUAGAGGCUUGCUUUAUGAUUCCUUAUACUGCUUCCAGAGAUUUAAAAGAUUUUAUUGAGAAUCUUAUGAAACGACUUUCUCGAGAUCGAUUUACCUCACAACAAGCGUACAAUCAUACAUGGCUUUAAAGAAUUGCAUAAAUUGUACCCUAUUAUAUAAAAAACAAUGAAACUUUAUUUUUAUGA